CCAUCCUCAGCCAGGGCUUCGGCCCGGCUCCGGCCCUGACUGCAACAAUGGCUAUGGCUAGAGUCUCGUCGCCUCGGAGCCUGGACCACAUCGACCUGUCCACUCUGAGGGAUCCAGCGGGAAUAUUUGAACUAGUGCAAGUGGUUGGAAAUGGUACCUACGGACAAGUCUAUAAGGGUCGCCAUGUGAAGACUGGACAGUUGGCAGCCGUCAAAGUCAUGAGUGUUUCAGAGGAUGAAGAGGAGGAAAUCAAAAUGGAAAUCAACAUGCUUAAGAAAUAUUCCCAUCACAGGAACAUUGCUACCUACUAUGGUGCGUUCAUAAAGAAGAACCUUUCUGGCCGUGAUGAUCAGCUCUGGCUGGUGAUGGAGUAUUGUGGAGCAGGCUCAGUGACAGAUUUAGUGAAGAAAACCAAAGGUAACUCCUUUAAAGAAGACUGGAUUUCUUACAUCUGCCGUGAGGUCCUCCGGGGCCUUUCCCAUCUUCAUAUGCAUCAUGUCAUUCACCGGGACAUCAAAGGACAAAAUGUCCUACUGACCGAAAAUGCUGAAGUAAAACUGGUGGAUUUUGGAGUGAGUGCCCAGCUGGACCGGACCGCUGGCAGAAGAAACACCUUCAUUGGGACGCCAUAUUGGAUGGCACCAGAGGUGAUUGCAUGCGAUGAAAACCCUGACUCGACCUACGAUUACAGAAGUGACUUGUGGUCCCUUGGAAUCACCGCCAUGGAAAUGGCUGAGGGCGCUCCGCCCCUCUGUGAUAUGCAUCCCAUGAGAGCUCUCUUUCUCAUCCCCCGGAAUCCUCCUCCCAAACUGAAAUCCCGAAAAUGGUCUAAGAAGUUCCUCAACUUUAUCGAAAAUUGCUUGGUUAAAAAUUACAUACAUCGUCCCUCCACUGAGGCUCUGUUGAGGCAUUCGUUCAUUCGAGAUUUGCCAAAUGAACGACAAGUUCGGAUCAUGCUCAAAGACCAUCUGGACCGAGCCAAGAAAAAGAAAGGCGAUAAAGACGAAACUGAAUAUGAAUACAGUGGAAGUGAAGGUGAAGAGGAGGAGGAGGAGGAGGAAGAAGAGUUAAAUGAAGACCAAGGAGAGCCCAGCUCCAUAGUUAAUCUUCCUGGUGAAUCCACCCUCCGACGAGAGUUUCUCAGGCUGCAGCAGGAAAAUAAGAAAAACCCAUUUUCAAAGCAGCAACAACUGAGGCGAGAACAGCAGCAGCAGCAACAGCUGCUAUGGCAACGUUUGGAGCAGGAGCAGCAGGAUCUGCAGCGAAAGCAGCAAAAUCUGCAGCAGGAGCAACAAAAUCGGCAGCAGAAGCAACAAGAUCUACAGCAGGAGCAGCGAGGUCUGCAGCAGGAGCAUCCAGAUCUGCAGCAGGAGAAACAGGUGCCAGAGCCCUUGCCUCAGAAACAACCUCAGGUAGACCCAAAGCUGCAGUUAUCACAGCAGGAGCAGCCAGAUUUGCAGCAGCAGCAGCAGCCAGAUCUGCAGCAAGAGCAGCAAAAUCUGCAGCGGGAGAAACAAGCACCUGAACUACUGCCACAGCUGCAGUUAUUGCAGCCGGAGCAGCAACAGGAGCAGCAAGAUCUGCAGCAGGAGAAACAGGCACCACAGUUACUGCCAAAGCCUCAGAAAACACCUCAGGUACUGCCAACACUGCAGUUAUCACAGCAGGAGCAGCAAGAUCUGCAGCAGGAGAAAGAGGCACCUGAAGUACUACUGAAGCCUCAGAAACAACCUCAGGGACUGCCAAAGCUGCAACCAGAGCAUCACCAGGAGCAGCAGCCUCAAAAGCAGAAGCAGGAGCAACAGCAGCAGCAGCAGCUGCAGCAGCAGCAGCAGCAGCAGCCUCCAAAGCAGGUGCAGCAGCCUCCAAAGCAGAUGCAGCAGCCUCCAAAACAAGGACAGCAGCUGCCAAAGCAGGGACAGCAAUUGCCAAAGCAGGCGGCCCGUCACCAGGCACAGCAGCAACCGCAGUCUCCAGAUCAUCACUGGCUGCAUUUUCCACCAAAGCCCAACCAUCACCACACACAGCUGCUACCAAAGCAUCUAGCAUUUUACCAGGCGCAUCAUGGGCUACAGUUGCCAGGCCAUCACCACACACAACUGCUGCCGAAGCAGAUGGCCCAUUACCAGUCACAGCAUCCACCAAGGGUCCAUCACCAUGCGCAGCAGCCACCAAAGGUGCCACCCCAUCUCCAGGCACAGCAGCCACCAAAGGUGGUGCUCCACCAGGUGUAUCAGCCACCAAAGGUGCCGCCCCAUCUCCAGGCACAGCAGCCACCAAAGGUCGUGCUCCACCAGGUGUAUCAGCCACCAAAGGUGACAGUCCACCAAGUGCAGCAGCCACCAAAGGUGACAGCCCACCAAGUGCAGCAGCCACCAAAGAUGCCAGCCUAUAACCAACCAGCACAGCUGCCAGUCUAUCACCAGCCACAGCAACCAGCUCAGCAGCUUGGCCAUCGCCAGAUGAAGCAGCCUUCUCAUCCCCUGUCACCAUAUCAACAGCCUCAGCAACCAGGCCAGCAGGUUCCACAGCAGCUGGCCCAUCACCAGGUGAAACAGCGUCCACAGCAGCCUGCUAAUCAUCAGACACAACUACAACCAGAGCAGCAGCAGCAACUCAAAGACCAGGAUAAGACCAAGGAUCCAGUCCUGACUGAGUGGCAGAAAUGCAAGGAGCAACAGAAGGAGCAGAAGAAGAAACCUGAGGAUAGAAAAGCAGAGGAUGUUCCACAUGUUAAAAAAUUUCAUCGGACCCUUCCCAAAGAUCAAACUCAGCUGUUAUCUCUACAAUAUGAUCAUAAGCCACAGAACAAAGAGUCUCCAAAGGCUUUGAAAAAGACUCCGGAUUCCUCCCCAAGCAGCUCAAAGAAAGAGAUGAACAUUAAGAUGAAGAAGUCUGAGGGUUCCCAGACACCUCUGAAUUGGACCCUUGCCCUUGCCCAUGAUUCUCCUCCACACACUAGAGUGAUAUCUGGCAGUAGCUCUAGUCCUUGUACACCAGCUUUGCAGAGGACAGGAAUAACAAAGAAUGAGAACCUCCGGCUGAGUAAAGACAACCACCACAGCUACUCCCUCUCAGACGUGGCCAUCAAGCCUAAAACCUCAGUGCAAGAUGAUGUCUUUUGGAACAAGUACCCAGUUGAAGAUCAGCCUCCAAAGGUCCCAGAAAGAACGACCUCAAGAUUCCGCAGCAAGGAUAUCAUCAACCAGGCCCGCCGCCAUCCAAUUGGUUCCCAGCAGCCAUCCUUUGGGGGACGGGCUCAGAAGCCAAAAAGUAGCAGUAAAUUCACUGGCAACAGACAGUGGGCGAUGGAAUGUCGUCUGACCAACAGAGCAACAUCAGGAUCUUCUAGGCCUGAACUUCCCCUGACCAGGGCCCUGGAGCCACUGUACAAAAAUGGCGAAAGUGCCCCUCCACCAGUACAAAUCAUAGCUCCUGGUUUCCUUAGGGGAAGAGAUAAUAUCAAACUGUUCUUAAAAGCCUCUGAAUUUUCAUCCUCCAGUGAUGAGAUUGUUAGCAGCGAUGAGGAAGAAUACUAUUACUCAAGGCACCACUUAAGCAAUGGAGGAUUGGAUUUCCCAAGGACAAGGGCCCCAAAGGGACCAGAGCGGAAAGCCAAAAGCAGAGGAGUUGAAUCGAAGGUUUUUUGUUGCUGUUAUGAAGAUGGUCAAUCAAAAAGAAGCAUUUGGUCAAACGUGACAUUACUAUCAUCCUCACGUAUGGUUGCAAGUGCUAAAAACAAGUCAUCCAAAAGCAUCUCCUCUUCCACCUCAUCAUUCACUUCAUUUUUCGACCCCAAACUCCUCCAGCUCACACCUCCGACCAGCCCUUCAAGACGUUUCUUUGGCUCCUAUGAAGAGAAAUAUGAAUUUCGUGGGAAUUCAGGAAAGAGGAAAGCCUCUGUUGUCAACGUCAAUCCCAUCAAUGCCCGCCCACAGAGUGACAGCCCCGAAAUCCGCAAGUACAAAAAGAAGUUCAGCUCCGAGGUUCUCUGUGCAGCUUUGUGGGGUGUCAAUCUGCUGGUAGGAACAGAGAGUGGACUGUGGCUGCUGGACCGAAGUGGCCAGGGAAGAGUUUACUCUCUGAUAAGUAGACGCCGAUUUCAGCAAAUCGAUGUCCUGGAAGGGCUUAAUGUGCUGAUCACCAUUUCAGGAAAGAAGAAUAAGCUACGAGUGUACUAUUUGUCCUGGCUGAGAAACAAGAUUUUGCGUAACGACCCUGAGAUGGGAAAGAAGCAAGGUUGGAUCUCUGUGGGAGACUUGGAAGGCUGUGUGCACUACAAAGUCGUUAAAUAUGAGAGGAUCAAAUUUCUCGUUGUUGCUUUGAGGAAUUCAGUUGAGGUCUAUGCAUGGGCACCGAAACCGUACCACAAGUUUAUGGCCUUUAAGUCAUUCCACUCCCUUUAUCAGAAGCCUCUGGCAGUUGACCUCACAGUGGAAAAUGGACAGAGACUGAAAGUGAUCUAUGGCUCAGUUGCAGGAUUCCAUGCCAUCGAUGUUGAUUCUGGGAUGGUUUAUGACCUAUACCUACCGACUCAUAUCCAGGGGAGCAUUCAGCCACAUACUAUCAUCAUCCUGCCCAAUACCAGUGGCACAGAACUUCUGCUCACCUAUGAAGAUGAAGGCGUCUAUGUUGACAUAUAUGGACAUUUCACCAAGGAAUCGAUUUUGCAGUGGGGAGAAACCCCAGCAUGCGUGGCCUAUCUCCAGUCAAACCAGAUCAUGGGCUGGGGAGAGAAAGCAAUCGAGCUGCGCUCUGUAGAAGCUGGAAACCUGGAAGGAGUGUUUAUGCACAAGAAAUCCCACAAGCUCAAAUUUCUGUGUGAACGAAAUGACAAGGUAUUCUUUGCCUCUGUCCAAUCUGGCUCCAGUCAGAUUUACUUUAUGACCCUUGGGCAAAAUACGCUCUUCAACUGGUAAACGCCGGAAGAAAUGGUUGGAUAUUUCCAGGGAUUGAAACCGUGUCAAAAUGAAGUUUGCACACAUGCACACAUUUGCACUUUUCAUCUGCAAAUAUCUUGUCAUUCAUUCAGUUAUCUUUCCGUUGUAUCCUUCAGGAAAAUGAUGAAAACAAACAUUCAGCUUAUAAUGUAGCAUAGAGUAAUUCCGAUGAGAAA